AUGAUUAAUUAAUUAUUAUAUUUAUUUGUACUUUUUAUCCAUUUAUUAUUAAUUAAUUAAUUAAAUUUCAUAAAUUGCUAUUAAAUAUUUUUGAAAAAAAAAUAAAUGAUAUAAUAGAUUAAAAAAUAUGAUAAUUUGGAAGAAUUUUUAAGCUCUUCACUUUUAUCUCAUUAAGUUCUCAAUAUUGAUCUGAAUUACAAAAGUGAAUUUGAAGUUGUAUCAUGCUUUGGUUCUGAUUUAUCGGAACUUUGUAUAGAUGGCUAUUAAAUUGGUAAUAAUUUUACAUUAGACUUAGGUUAUGAUUUAGUAAAUUUCUUUAAUCUCUAAAAUCCGACACUUGGACUUUAUAGUAAUUAACUUGGUGCAAUGGGUGCAUCAGACUUAGGUUCUGCUUUAGCAAAUUGCAUUAAUCUCUCAAAUUUGACGCUUGAUCUUAGUAACAAUAUAAUUCGUGAUGAAGGUGCAUCAGGCUUAGGUUCUGCUCUAGCAAAUUGUAUUAAUCUGUCAAAUUUGACACUUGAUCUUUAACGCAAUUAAAUUCGUGACUAAGGUGCAACUGGCUUAGCUUCUGGUUUAGCAAAUUGCAUUAAUCUCUCAAAUUUGACACUUUUUCUUCAUCGCAAUAGUAUUAGAGACAAAGGUGCAACUGGCUUAGCUUCUGGUUUAGCAAAUUGCAUUAAUCUCUCAAAUUUGACACUUUAUCUUCAUGAAAAUUAUAUUCGUGAUAAAGGUGCAUCAGGCUUAGGUUUUGGUUUAGCAAAUAACAUUAAUCUCUCAAAUUUAACACUUUUUCUUCAUGGCAAUUAAAUUGAUGAUAAUAAUAAUAAUAAUAUACUCGCAUAUAAAUACAUGUAUUUAUACACUCAGAAAUGUUUCUUAAAAUUAAACAUAAAGAUUAAAUUUAUAAAUUUAUUUAUUUGUUUUAUUUAUUUAUUAUUUAUUAUUUAUUAGUUUGUAUAUUUCUUUAUGAAUUUUUGA